AAUUCGUCAUCGGCGUGCUGUGAUUUUUGUCUCUCUUAGGCCGCAUAGACGACACACCCAAGCACAUGAUGUUGUCUGCUAAACGAAAAUACUCUUCCGUGGAGGACUCCGACGACGACGAGCCAACUCUUGGCAAGCAGGUACUUCCAGUUGCUAACCUUCCCGCGGACUUCUCUGGAGUCCCCAAGGAUGGCAUGGAAUACUUGUUCACAGUCAGACGCGAUGCUCGCCUGCUACCGUACGUGACUCGAGUUGUCAAUCCAUACGAAAUCGAGGAAGAAGCACGACCGAUAGACUACGAUGCAGCACCGUUGAGUACACCACAUUCUGCUCUACCGUCUGAGGGCUGGCGAGAGGUGUUUGUAUCGCGACUCAGAAACUUCAGAAAGAACAUUGUGCAAUCUGCUGCUACCCAUGGGUCUAUACCUUCGCAUUCCCUCGGACCGAAACUCACCCCAGACAUGAAGGAAAGGGAUCACUGGUGGUCAUUUCUGACUGGGCGCCCAGAGGACGAAUGGAAUCCUCCAAAGAAGCCGAAAAAGCAGAAACCCGCAAAAGACCAGAGGUACGGCAGCUAUGGGACGAUGCGUUCCUUUACUUCGGAGUACGAAGUUACGUUGCAAGACCCUUUGGCCCCUGAGCUCUCCUAUACGACUGAAGAGGGUGAAGUUGAGCAGACGAUUGCUAUGACCCCCAGUGAUUCUCUUCCUACACCACUCGCGACCCCGGUACCACCAGACAAGACCCCUUCGAACGGUAUGUCUACCGACCCUGUUUCCUCAACCAGCAAUGCUACGAGCGUCGUCCAGCCCGAACCGACGCCGUCGCUUCUAGGGCGCAUGGACCACCGAUACUCGCUGCACCUAUUAAUGUACUUCGCGCACUGGAUCAAUCUGUAUCUUGAAGAGCCCGUCCCGCGAGUAUGCAUGAUAACCGAGACGCAUGCCCGGUGGAUGUUUGCGCUUCUGUCCUGGGUGGACGACUACCUGUCAGCCGAUGAGAUGAGCACGCUGCGUAGUCUCGCCCGCGGCUGUAUAGGGCUCAUCGGGGAUCGGUUGGGGAGGCCAAAAUCAGACGUAGGGCCCGAGGACACUGAAGAUGCAGCUAUCGCGGAGACAUCGUGCUGGCUGAUCAUCGCGGCAGUUACUGGUCUCUGGGGACAGUAUGACCUGUGGCAGGACGCAGAGUCGAUGCUGGCCGACUCGGAGCUUUGAGGCGUAGAUAGUUGGUGUCCGAUACUGGAAGCCGAUUCACAUUGAUGGUCAGCCGACCGUGUAGCAUAUGGAUCACCGGUCAAAUUCUCAGCUUCGUUCGUCUGCUUGUGUACAAAUGCACUGGUAUGCUCGCUGCCUGCAAGUGCGG